GAGCGGAUCGGGCGAGUCCACUAAGCUUGCGAGGGGAGUUCGGCAGAUCUCGGCUCUAGUCGGCCUCGAUCCGCAGAAUGUGCUAGACGCUGCGAGUCGAUCGCUCCAGUUUUUUAAUAUUCAUAUAUAGAGAAGCUGUAUAGCGUACACGGAGGUCGAAAACCAUUCUUCGCACUUUGCACGCGGACCCACGAGUUCCUAGUGCUUGUAUCAACGUCAGUUUUCACCAUCAGUCGGGGACGCACUCGAUCAGUGUAUAUCCGUACGACGGCCAUGUUUGGUGUUUACGAGGUGAGGGGGAACUGCUGACGUCACGAACCCCGAUCUUGCACGAAGGGAGCAGCAGCACCAGCAGAAGCAGAAAACGUGUUGCCGGCCAACGCGGACACUUGAGUCUCGAUACACGUCUCCGAAACACAGCCGAGUAUCGCGAGUGUUCGACGCAGAAUAAUUGUGCGGUGAAUACGCGGAGAAGAAACUCGCGGCGCGUAAACUGUGCCGCUCGAAAUUCCGUUCCCGAUGGGACGUGUAUGUACGCCGACUUCGCUCGUGUUCGCCGGUCUUUCCGCGACUACUGGCCUUUCAAAAAACAUCGGUCGCGUUGCCGCUUCGCCGCUGAAAUAGCAGAGCCACUCUAAUCACCGACGGUCGGCUCCGAUCAGUGCGGAAAACAUUGAGCGAUGCCGAGUGUUCUCGUAGACGAGACAACACGUGCCGCAUCUUUUUUUACAUGAUCAGUAACGAAAAUGUUUAGCGCAGCAAGAAUGCGAUCGAAUUGAUCGCACCGCAAAAACGCAUGGUUACAAUCUAUUUCAUGUUUUCUAUUGUCUACAAAAGGUGUUUGAUGAGAAUUCAAUGAGAUUACCGCUACAUUUUGUUUGGUGUCACUACGAUCGUGCCUCGAUUAUUUUGCGUUUCGCCGUGUGUCACCGCGAGCAAAUUGGAGCAAUCCGUGCUUGAUUCGGUGUCGGUACAUAUGGUGUUACCUUUUUCAGUGUCGUUUCUCAGUGACGCGCAUCAUUAUUUUCUUGGAUGUAUUAACACUCUUCGUACGUGUCUAACCAGCAAGGAUUAAAAAAUAUCAUGGAUCUGGGUGACAGAGUUUACGCUGCGGAACGGAUCACGAAGAAGAGAGAAAAGCGGGGGAAAGUAGAAUACUUCGUAAAAUGGAAGGGAUGGAGUAAGAAAUAUAACACGUGGGAACCGGAAGAAAACAUUUUGGAUGUUAGGUUAAUUGAAUUGUACGAAGAAAGUCAAAAAGGCGGGGAUGUUACUACGAGAAGACCGAGGCGGAGGGAUACCAGAUACAAUGAGACAGUUCUGGCCAACUUAGUCGUCGAGGAAGAGCCAGGUGGAGACGAAAGAGUCGGUGAGGAUAGCCAAGACGAAUCGACUACCGGUAGCACCUCCGCUCCUCGUUUGAAUCCUGUUGCACCUGACGAGGACACUCUUCCCAGUUCACUCGACGGACAUGAAUCGCCUACAGCUCCGGACUUAUCCGCAUCCGUAUUUAGCGUCGAUUCAGAUAGUUCGAACAGCAGCGUGGACAGUCCUCUAUUGCCAAGGAGGGAACCAACGGGCACAAAAAGGAAGGCUGAAGUUCUGAGUAAAGAGUCUGGUAAAAUCGGUGUUACAAUUACUACGAGCAGUCCCAGUAGCGGUAGCGGAAGUCCUCCGCCGAACAAAAUUCCUCGAUUGUUGCCGCUCAAGAGUAGUCCGACGUCUCCCACUUACCACAGUCAUAAAGUCAACGGCAGGAGACCGUCAUCGUCGAGUGUGAAAUCAACACCGGAAGAACCGUUGCCAGCGACGACAACGACACCGGCUCCAGCGGUGCAGGAGAAGAAACGUGCCGAGGCGGAUGUACCUCACGGCCCUCCACCCUCGUUGCCGCGUGCACCACCAGCACUUCUGUGCCCACAGAUAGACACGCCUUUGGAACAGCCUACCAAAAAGAGGCACUUGCCCGAGCAAAAACAGGAAAAGUCAAACGGAACUGUGACAGUGGACGCGAACGGUCAUAAAUCGCCGAGCCCUACGGACUCGUACACGAACAAUAACAGGUUACCGACCAUUGUCAACGGGCACCAUAAUAACAACAACCAUACUAACAUCAACAAUAACAAUAAUAAUAACAAUAACAACACGACGAACGUGAAACAGACGGAAAUCACGAAGACAGAUAUGUAUGUCCCUCUCUCGAGUCCCGGUACGGAUUACUGGCACGCGAGGAAUCCGGUCGCGGAUCAGGUGUUCAUUACGGACGUGACGGUGAACCUAAAGACUGUUACGAUCAGGGAGUGCAAGACUGAAAAGGGGUUCUUCCGCGAGAGGGAUCCGAAGAGCGAUAUCUAUUAACAAACCCAGAACAGGGCCGAUUUAUUGUGAAUUUUUAAUUAGCGAGAAUCACGCUUGUAAAUAUAAAUUAUUUUCACACGUUGGAGUGUUAAAGUCGGGGGGGUUGAAUAUUAUUGAGACUUUUCUAUCGAAGUAAAACGAACACUGUUUCGGUGGUUGUGAGGGGGAUUAACGCGGAAAUACGCAGAGUCGAGUAACCGAUACGUCGUACCUUCUGAAGGAUGUUUCAGAAACGGCAAACAUGUGAAAUUCCAAUAGCUAUGGAUAAGAUCUUCUGGAUCUUGUUGAAAACUAAAAGUGGAAUGAUUCGGAACAGACUUUGUGUUGUGUAAGGCAACAGAUAAAUGAUAGUAAGGUGAUGAUCAUCCCACGAAAAUUUUACAUAAAAAAAAGGAAAGGCGGUACGUCAAUGAGUCGCUGUCAAGUCGUGAUAUACACUUGUACAUUUUAAAGAAACGCUUGGUAGACUUUAACUCUCUGUACAGAUGAAAAUUAUGCGAAAAAGAUCUGACGGAAACGUUUUUAGAGAAUAGACACAAUUUUCUCAAUUGAUUGCGUUUCUGCUUCUACUAGAAUUUUGCAAGGGAAAAAUAGUGAAAUAUGUAUCGUGUAAAUUAGUUAAUUCCGAAUAUGACUAUGGUAAAAUAGUACAGAUCUGGAAAGAAAUAUUUUUCUAAUUCGUUUUUAGAAUAAUCGGAGCAGCUUCGUAGAAGCGAUUUAAGAAAAUGCGAAAAAAAAUUUUCAGGUAUAGAGACGCGAAGAAAACAAAUAACGCUAUCUUGAUGACGUAUUUCUGAGUAUUAUGAUAUUAUAUUGUAUUUACUAAUAAAUAUUACUCUUUUUUUCUCUUUUUAAUAGUGACUAAUGUCGUGUCACGGAAAAAUGGAGAUGUAUCAUUCGUUCGUAGCUUUUAGAUUCGUUUAGAGACACGAACUCAUUAUUGAUUUUUCAAGUUGUUGUAGCAUCAGGCAUACAUACACACAUACACAGAGUUCAAUCAAUCAGUUACUAACAAAAGGAGAAGAGGGCAGAAAAAAUGAUGUACGUUGUCAACGGCAGAGAACAAGAUCAUUGUAAUUUGUACGACGUGUCCUGUAAUACUUUUUAGUGUUUUUUUGUUACGACUUGAUUACGUGUUGUUUAAAUAUGUGUUAGCUGUUGCAUUUUUUAUACUGUCAAUUAUGUUCUCCUUUUCUUUCUCAUUCGAAUUUAAGGACUGAUCGCGCAUUAUACGUUUUUGCGCACACAACGUUUAAUUCCAAAAAAAAGGUGAAAAAGAACGAUGAACGCGUGGAUGUACAUCGAGAAAUAUUUAUGCAUAUCCCGAAGAGAGCGCCGUAUUAUUUUUUAAAAUGAGUUAUCAAACGUAUUCACCAAAUAGAGAUGUUCCUACCUCGAAAACGGUUGAACAGAGAAUAAUCGAAUACUAGAACCAAAUUUUAAUAUCUUUAUUAACGUCGCUUAAAUUCUUCGAGUGGUUUUGUCAUUAUUCUCUUUAAUUCUCUCUAAUUUUCCUUUAAGGUCUUUCGCUGCACCGUACAGUUGGCGCGCGCAUACACCAGUUUAAAAACCAGUAAAUCGGUGAUAUAGUUAAAUAAUCGUGUAAGCAUAAAACUUAAACGAAAAAACAUAUACGUUGCUUAUUUAUAUAUAUAUUGUAACUAAUAUAAUGAAAGAAAAUUUUUAGGUUUUUACAUUCUUAGUAUAGUAUUAUUAGACUGUGUACGCAAUGUGUCACGUGUUUUGUGAAUAAAAUGAAACGAGUCUCGUUCGAGAGGAUUUUCUUCUCUACUGUUAAAACUAAGGAAGCUUUAUAUCAAUUAUGAUUUGAAACGGAUCGACAGAUCUGUGAUGAACUGUUAAAUAUUUGCCGCUUACUAUAUACAUAUAUUUUUUUGUAAUAGACUGUGUACGACCGAUUUCCAAGAGAAAAACAAAACGAUAGUGAUUUAUCUCUUCGUAAAGAAAAAUCAAGUGGGGCUAUUUGUGUACAAUUAGGACAUACGAUUCCUUGCUAUCCGCGGGGAACUCAAAUAUAUAUUUAUUAAAUUGUUGUGUAAUGUAAAACAAAACAAACUCUGUAUAUUGAGAGAGAAAUAUUCUGUAAAAAUUGUAAAUAGUCGGACACUUAAACUCUAUGAUAACGAAUCGAGAGAGAGAGAGGGAGAGAAUGUGUAGCUUUAGACCUUUCAGUUAUUGUAAAUGUAAAUAGAGAAUGAAAACAGAAACCCCUUUAAGUUGUAAAUGCAAAUUCGCAAAACUGCAGGUCUAGAGGAAAUCCUUUUUAGCUUUAGAUGACUUUGAGAUAGACUGUGCGCGUACCUUCAACAUUGUUUCUGUACUUAUAGAAUAUUCAGACUCUACUUAUAAACCGUACAAGGAAAAUGCAUUGAAGAGAGAACAGAAAACAGAAAAGAUGAUCCAGCGGUUAAACAGGCAUAUACGAUAUGUGAACCCCGGUAGUACCAAAUUCACACAGUAAUUUUAGUUCUGUCUGGUACAGAUUCUUAUAUUUCAAUAAAAUCUUUAUUUGAACUUUUGUUCGCGUACAGUAUUUGUUUUCUAUCCACUCAAAGCCGAAUAAACGUUUACUCUUUAUUUAUUUGACGUGACCUCGGAAAAGCCUGAUCUCUUUGUUCUUUUUUCUAAGUUUGCACUUGCAUAUGUUACUACCCAUAAUGUGUAAAGUAAAGGGAGAAUAAAGCAACAAUUACUGGAAAAAGUAUUUCCGAACAGAA